GUCAAUCUAAAACGCAUCUCUGCUCACCGCCUCAUUCAACCCCACACCCUCCUCCCCUAUAAAUUCGCAUCCCCAUUCUCUCCAACGAAUUAUUCGCUCGUUUGAUUUUCAGAACCUGCAAAAGCGAUUCAGAGAGACAAUAGAGAGAGGGCUCUUCGCUCCAAACCAAAAAUGUUGUCACAGGCGAGCCGAAAAUUGGUUUUAGGGUUAAGGCAAGCUCAAGCGCCUGCUGCAGGAGGAGCCCUGAGGCUCUAUCAUGAGAGGGUGGUCGAUCAUUACAAUAACCCUCGCAACGUUGGAUCCUUUGAUAAAAAUGAUCCAGCGGUGGGUACUGGACUUGUUGGUGCCCCUGCUUGUGGUGAUGUGAUGAAGUUGCAGAUCAAGGUUGAUGAGAGCUCUGGAAAGAUUGUCGAUGCUUGCUUUAAGACCUUUGGUUGUGGCUCCGCUAUUGCUUCUUCUUCUGUUGCUACUGAAUGGGUAAAGGGGAAGCCAAUGGAGGAAGUACUAUCAAUCAAGAACACGUGAGUUCAUGUUCUCUUAUCUUUUAUU